AUGUAUAUCGCCGUACGUGGCCGUAUACGCUCGUUUACGACCGUUACUAAUGAAACGAAAAUAAAUGGACAACAUGUGAAAGAAGACAAAAUUAUCAAGUAUUGCUACAUUCCAUUUUACAAAAGCUUGGCUAAUUUUUUACAACUUCCCGAAGUGCAAAUGGAUUUAGAUCGUCGAUUGCCUGUUCAUGAUCCUGCGAAUAUAUGUCGCAGGAAUAAAUGA